AUGAGUGGCUACGACGGGCGUGUGAAAGGCAAACGCAUCCGCAAACCACAUGCCGGGAACUCCAACAUGGAAGCGCGAUGGAAAUACUUAAGCGCAGACGUAUCUGAUGUAGUCAACAAACCGGUCGCCAAACUCCGAGCAAAGGCGGUGGCAAGGAGAGAAUCCAGCAUUAAGGCAGAGAAGGUGCCUCUAAAAGCCGGCUACGAUAUUGACGGCGAUGGAUUCGUGGAUGUCCGUGAAAUGCGCCUUGCUAAGUUCCUGGAUGCAAUGCUGUUCGAACGGCGAAAACAAGGACAGAACGAUGGUCCUGAGCCGACCGAAGCCGAGGUGCUGGCAAUGCAUCAGAGCGCCGGCCGGUUACUCAUCGCAAAGGAGUUCGUAGAACGCAACCAUGAUCGACUGUGGCGCUACGGCUCCAUCUUCACAGGAAUGAAUGAUGACCAGGCAGCCGAGUUCAUCGCUGCGCAUAAAAACUUUAAGAAGUUCAUGCCGUUCCUCGAGAGCACAGAACGCAAUCGCACGGUCCGCUCGUCGCAUCAAAUGCGCACGUGUAUCCAUGGUGAAACAUGGAUUGAAACGACCCGGAAGAUGCGGAGUCUGUCGUUCACAAAACACCCACUGCCGGAACUGGAGCCCAAGAAGAAGAAGAAUCUCGUCGCGAGCAGCCCCGAGGUGUUCUCUAAUGCCUACGGCGCCAUCGAUAUCGACGGAGAUGGUAUCGUAGACGCCGACGAAAUGAAGCUACAUUUGCGUCUGCAUGACAACACAAGCAAUAACACCGACGAUAUGAAGGCGUCCCAAAUGCAGCAGCGUAAGAUAAUGGUGGCAGAUUUCGUGCAACGUAAUGCGGGCCAGAUGUGGCUGUAUGACGCGAGCUUCCGGCACAAGUCUACCGAGCAGAUCGUAGACGAAAUUGCAAGUGGUCCCGGGUUUGCCGCUGAGUUUAACCGGUUGCGUGCCAAGGAGCGCUUCGUCAAGCUCACCUCGUCGCUGGGCGUAUCUGGCUGCAUUGUACAGUUGCCUACAGCCGAGCUGCCCGUUGACCCGUCCAACUCGCUUGAAUUUCGGCGGGUCAAAGAUCGCUCGGAGCUGCUAAUGGCACGCAAAGAGCUUCUGAAGCCGCUCCAGCAGCGUCGGGGCCUUCCUGUGGGCGGCGAAGGCGGAGGCAGUUCUCCGGGGGGCCUUCGCUUCCGGCCACGAGGCAUCCGAGAGGAGCACGGUGAUAUGGGACACUCUCGAAGCGAAGGCAGUUUACCCAUUGGACUUCCACAGAUAUACGAUGCGCCGGUCAAAAUCGAACCAACGAGAACAUUUUCAGUCACAAAGUGGUGCCUAGAGACAAACUAA